AGUCUUCUGCGCGACUCGAGUCAAUGAGUUCGGACUGUGUCCAUGAGAACACUGUGUCUGUGUGACGUGGGGCGCUGGUUGAUCAAUGUUUCCAAAAAGGACUGUUGUGUCUAGGAAGUGCGUAUUCUUCAUGACAAGGACCGUGAUCACCCUCGAGAUCUCAUGAGGAUCAGCUCGACAGCGUAUUACAGUGUUAUCAACGGAAUUUGAUUUGAUAGAUUUAAAUACCACCAGUUCUUUACGGUGAUGAAAAGAUAUCAAAGUGUUUUAAUGCUAGAUUUCAAAGCAUCAGCUCCAAGUCAGUGUGAAAUGUUGUCAAAUAUCUAUGAUCUGUCAAUAUCUAUGAUUAAUUUCAAACUUAAACCUUUGGUUGUACUAGAAGCUCAUCUCCUCACCAUUAAAAACUGAGAGUUUAUUAUUUUAAUUUUCUCAUAUCUAAAUGUUGGCUUCUUGUUAGAGGAUUCUGUCUGCCAAAUUAUUUCAACCAAUUUAUGAACACCAGUCAUCAGCGCGGGCUUCAUGUGACACAGUUGUUGUGGAAUGCUGCUACAAAAGGGUAGGCAUUGCUGGCGUUGAUGACGGUGAAACGUCGCUCCCUCCCCAAAAGGUCCCGACAUUUGCAGUUGGCCAGUUCUAAAGGACACCAGAUUACGUGGACAAGCAGGUAAGCAUGUACGCAUGACAUGAGUUAAUGAGAUUGACUUACUUUCAAGGUUUGUAGUUUGAUGGCUUAACACCACUCACUUCCUGUUUGCUUCAGAGGUUCUUAAAAAAAAUGAAUGGGCCUAAAAAAAUUUCAUUUUUCUUCAAUAUCUGAGAUUUAAAUUUUUUAUAAAUGACAAUUAAGUAUGUGGAAAUAUAAAGGAUGUUUGGGGAAAUAUAUAGGAUGUUAUUUCGAAUAGGUGACCAGAAAUAGAAGCUUUUAAAUAAUCUAAGAAUUCGAUAGCAUUAUGAAUUCAGUUUUUUGAUUGGGUGCUGCUACUUAUUAUUGUUUUGUCGUGUAUUUUACUCUCCCGUAAUUUAAAGUACAUUUUGUUUCGCUCCUGGUCAACUUUUGAUUUUGAGACCAACGCCAUGAAGUUCUAUUUCUUUUAUUUUGUCCGGUUGGCCGAAGUAGGCGUUGGGCCUAAGCGUCCAUCCUAUUGCUUUGUCCGGUUGGCCGAAGUAGGCGUUGGGCCUAAGCGUCCAUCCUAUUGCUUUGUCCGGUUGGCCGAAGUAGGCGUUGGGCCUAAGCGUCCAUCCUAUUGCUUUGUCCGGUUGGCCGAAGUAGGCGUUUGGCCGAAGCGUCUGUAAUAUUAUUUUGUCUAUCCUUCAAGAUUUUCCAUUUCUUUCUUCGCUAUCCCCCCCCCCACUGUAGUCAUUAAAGUGCAUUGACAAUAUCUUACAAAUCUCACUGUUCAUGACAUUGUAAGAUAUUCCCAUAGUUUGAGACAUGACUCCUAGUCUUCCCUUGCUGUCAGAUAUAUUGACAUUCAUUACAAGCCAUAUGUGUACCUGUAUGCAAUGAUACAUUUUUAAAAACUAGCUUGUUGACAAUGUAAAGUCUCCACACAUAUUUAUGUAUCCCCCCCAAUUUUGUGACACAUAUACGCCCAUGUGUUUGUAGUGAUCAGAGUUUGUCCAUGGUUGCGAUCUGUGUCAAUUUCAACAUCGGAGGUCGGUGGGUGGAAAAGGGGGGGGGGACGGGGGGUAGGGAUUAUGUGACAGAAUGUUUACCCUCGAGAGUUCGCCUCGUCCCAGGGAUGUCAGUGUUGUACCUGGCUAAACAGUGCUCGCAUAUUACGACAGUCUGUAACCUAUUACCUGUGAGCAGACACCUACCUGUGCAUAGUCGUGCACCUUUAACUGUAGUCUACCCUGUACUUGUACUUGCACCCAGACAACCAUGCUUGUACCUGUACCUACACGUGUACAUGUACUUAUGUAUGCAAAUAUAUAUAUGUGUGAAUGUUCAUAUAUGUGCACAGUAAUUAUUAAUAUAUACAUUUAAUUGCACCUAUAUCUUCACCUAAAUCUAUACCUGUACACAGACCUACACAUACAUCUGUACCUGAACAUAAACAUAUACCUAAACGUGUACCGGUACCUAUGUGUGCACCUAUGCGUUGCACCUAUAAUUAUAAGUUCACCUAUACGUAUUCCCGAAACUUUAUAUGCACCAAUUAUCUCUCAUCGUCACAAACUAUCUCAACGUGUCAACAAAAUCUCACCUUGUAACAUAUUAUCUAACCUUGUCAGCCAUUAUCUCACCUUGUCAUCCCUUAUCUCACCUUGUCAGCCAUUAUCUUAACUUGUCAGCCUUUAUCUGUAUGUGUCAGUCUUAAUCUUACAUUGUCAGCCAUUAUCUUAACUUGUCAUCCAUUAUCUCUACUUGUCAGUCAUUAUCUUAACUUGUUAGCCAUUAUCUUAAUUUAUCAGCCAUUAUCUUAAUUUGUCAGCCAUUAUCUUAAACAUUCAGCCAUUAUCUUAAUUUGUCAGCCUUGAUCUUACCUUGUUAGCCAUUAUCUUAAUUUGUCAGCCAUUAUCUUACCUUGUCAGCCAUUAUCUUAAUUUGUCAGCCUUAAUCUUAUCUUGUCAUCCAUUAUCUCAACUUGUCAGCCAUUAUCUUAACUUGUCAGCCAUUAUCUUAAUUUGUCAGCCAUUAUCUUAACUUGUCAGCCAUUAUCUUAAUUUGUCAGCCUUAAUCGCACUUUGUCAGCCAAUAAUUGAACUUCACUGCUCCAGACAUCACUGCUUCUCGGGUCCCGGUACCAUUGCUUUGUGUGUCCCGACAGCAUUGCUUUGUGUGUCCCGACAGCAUUGCUUCGUGUGUCUCUAUCAAAAGUCUCUCUACAGUGGUGUGACCAAAGAGACGGUGGCAUAUAAAAACAAGGACACUAUGAAAAGACCGCAGGGCAACCUUGUGACCUUGACCUUAGUCAAGAAACCAAUAAUAGAGUGAUCUUAUCUUUUCUUGCUGUUUAAAUGGCGUUUAGAAACGAAUCUCUGAAGUGAUCAAGAGACAAUAUAUAAUAUAUAUAGAUAUAUUUAGUUUUGCAAUCAGGGGAAUAUCAUAUAUUAAUAUUUUAUAUAUUUUAAUUUUUUUAGGAGAAAAAGUGACCUAACAUGUGUUCAAGCAUAAUUUCAUAAAAUAUGAAUCUAAAUUCAUUUCUGAACAAUUAAAUAUAUAACAUGAUGGACAUUUAUAAGCUACUCUUUUUGUGGUAUCCCAUUAUGUGAGAUGACCUAAGAAAAAAAAAAUGUCCCAGAUAAGUGCCCUAACAUGUCUUAGAUAAGUGCCCUAACAAGUCUUAGAUAAGUGCCCUAACAUGUCUUAGAUAAGUGCCCUAACAUGUCUUAGAUAAGUGCCCAAACAUGUCUUAGAUAAUUGCCCUAACAUGUCUUAGAUAAUUGCCCUAACAUGUCUUAGAUAAGUGCCCUAGCAUGAUCUUAGAUAAGUGCCCUAACAUGUCUUAGAUAAGUGCCCUAACAUGUCUUAGAUAAGUGCCCUAACAUGUCUUAGAUAAGUGCCCUAACAUGUCUUAGAUAAUUGUCAUAACAUGUCUUAGAUAAGUGCCCUAACAUGUCUUAGAUAAGUGCCCUAACAUGUCUUAUAUAAGUGCCCUAACAUGUCUUAGAUAAGUGCCCUAACAUGUCUUAGAUAAGUGCCCUAACAUGUCUUAGAUAAGUGCCCCAACAUGUCUUAGAUAAGUGCCCCAACAUGUCUUAGAUAGUGCCUAACAUGUUGACGAGCUGUUGAAGCUGUUGUGUUGUGUUGUGUUCAUCCACUCAUGACGAUAAGUGUCGACUUGUUUAGGCUAAGUCGUUCACUUCCUCCCAUGAGGCAGUAUAUCUGAUAGCAACAGUAACAGCCAUUAAUACAACAUACACUAACAGGUUUUUGCAAAAUAUCAGUUUAUUUGACAACAGUUCCUUAACUAUGGUUGUUAUAUAAUUUCAGAUUAAUAAUCAAAUCGUUCCAGCCAAAACACUCAACAACACACAAGUCCAAACCUUCAACAACACACAAGUCCAAACACUCAACAACACACAAGUCCAAACACUCAACAACACACAAGUCCAAACACUCAACAACACACAAGUCCAAACACUCAACAACACACAAGUCCAAACACUCAACAACACACAAGUCCAAACACUCAACAACACACAAGUCCAAACACUCAACAACACACAAGUCCAAACACUCAACAACACACAAGUCCAAACACUCAACAACACACAAGUCCAAACACUCAACAACACACAAGUCCAAACACUCAACAACACACAAGUCCAAACACUCAACAACACACAAGUCCAAACACUCAACAACACACAAGUCCAAACACUCAACAACACACAAGUCCAAACACUCAACAACACACAAGUCCAAACACUCAGCAACACACAAGUCCAAACACUCAGCAACACACAAGUCCAAACACUCAACAACACACAAGUCCAAACACUCAACAACACACAAGUCCAAACACUCAACAACACACAAGUCCAAACACUCAGCAACACACAAGUCCAAACACUCAGCAACACACAAGUCCAAACACUCAACAACACACAAGUCCAAACACUCAACAACACACAAGUCCAAACACUCAACAACACACAAGUCCAAACACUCAGCAACACACAAGUCCAAACACUCAGCAACACACAAGUCCAAACACUCAACAACACACAAGUCCAAACACUCAACAACACACAAGUCCAAACACUCAGCAACACACAAGUCCAAACACUCAGCAACACACAAGUCCAAACACUCAAUAUAGUCCAACCGCCAUCUCUCCACCAUAACAACUACCCCUUACCCAAAUACGUCACAACACUCUCACACAACCGUUACAGCGACACAUGGCAUCUCUAAACUUAACAUCUUUUACAUACCAAACAUAACAACAGUGAUCUACACAUCAAAACAGUGAUUCUCAUACACUUGCCUUAAAAUGUCUUAGAUAAGUGCCCUUACAUGUCUUAGAUAAGUGCCCUAACAUGUCUUAGAUAAGUGCCCCAACAUAUCUUAGAUAAGUGCCCUACUUUUUCUUAGAUACGUGCCAUGACAUGUUUUAGAUUUAUGUGUAGAUUUAGUCUUGAGUACACUAAAUUACUCUUUAGAAAUUAAUAAACAACUGGGGUAGUUGAAGACUGUACCAAGGAGAUGGUGUACAAUUUUUGUGCAACUUCUCCCGAAAGACCUUUUUAUUGUUGAUCAUGUUUAGACCAAACCCAUAGCAACCUUUCAACUUAAGACCGUCUGACUCAUAAUUACGACCUUUCAACUUAAGACCGUCUGACUCAUAAUUACGACUUUCAACUUAAGACCGUCUGACUCAUAAUUACGACCUUUCAACUUAAGAUCGUCUGACUCAUAAUUACGACCUUUCAACUUAAGACCGUCUUACUCAUGAUUACGACCUUUCAACCUUAGACAGUAUGACUCACAAUAAAGACCUUUCAACAGAAGACCGUCUGACUCACAAUGGUCACAAAUUCGGUCCGUGAUCUCAUUUCGAAAUGGCGAUCCUAAAAUUGUAUUUCUAUUUUUUUAAGAAAAUACGAAAGAAGUUCUAUUUUGGGGAAUGACUCAACAGAUUUAGAACUACCGAAAAAGUUGAUGUUACAAAAAUCAAGUUUGGUUGAGGAAAUUUUUCUUUGGCACUAAAUUAAACAUUCCCUGGCCACUUCCGUGAACAUUUGGUCUCAUGACAGCUUUGGUGGGAUGUUCUUUUAUUACAGUAAUAUUUAUGAUAUAUAGAAUUCAAAAAUCAGGAGCGUCGAAAAUCUGGACUGCCUAAUAGAUUGCCAAAUGGAUUGCCUAAUUGAGUGCCUAAUAGAUUUCCUAAUAGAUUUCCUAAUAGAUUGCCUAUUGGACUGUCUAAUAGAGUGCCUAAUAGCUUUUCUUAUGGAUUUCCUAUUAUAUUUCCUCAUAGAUUUCCAAAUGGACUGUCUAAUAGAUUUCCUAAUAGAUUGUCUAAUAGAUUGCCUAAUGGAUUGCCUAAAAGAUGUCCUAAUGAAUUUCUUUUGGAUUUACUAAUAGAUUGCCUAAUGGAUUGCCUCACGAAUCGCACCACGAUUUAAAGUGAGCACAUUCGCAUCUCGAAACCAAACCACAAAACUUUAAUGGGAACUGCCAUGACAGUAACCUCUGACAUGUCACGUGGUCUAAAUUUGACAAUCGACUAAAUAUGUUCAUAUGCGGGUUUGUGAAUCAGGAUUCAAAUAUGAAAGCGGGAUACGUGUGUAUGUAUGUGUGUGUGUGUGUGUGGGGGGGGGGGGGGGGUCAAACCAUCAAACCACAAUUGGUUUCAGAGAGAAGGGAAGUUUUACUGUACUUGCCAUAUUGCUUGCCAUAAGCAUGGAAAACAUUUCAAAUACAGUCAAUGACGUAAUUGUUAAGAUUUAAACAAAUUUAAAUAAUUCUGAGACUUUACUAUUGACGUGCUAAUUGGAUUGUAUAACUAGGUCAUACCUUACACACCUUGGCUCUCACGUGGGCAAAAAAAAAAAANAUCUGAGGAAGCGGUGGAUUCCCAACCCCCCUAUCCCGGAUAGGUCAGCCUAACCUGAGAAUCCCCCCCCCUCCCCCCCCCCCCGUGGUUUAGAGGACAAAGCUGCACCCCUCUUAAAUCCCCGACUCGUGUGCUAAUGAUCUUAAGAGCCUUUGGACCUCUGUGCCGGCCUUUGAAGGUAUGUUACCUCAGGUGCCUGGUGUUGGAGCCGACCAGAGAUGACCUUGUUAGGUCUCGGUUUAAGUCAUUAACAUUUUUUGGUUGUUUAAAAUGUCAUCUCCCUUGGCAACGUUCGGGAUUUGAAGAGAAGUUAACUACUCAACACAGUUACAACGAGCUGAUAGUUACUGUUAUGGCUUAAGUUAUAGCUUUAGCUAGGGCUUUAGUUAUGGCUUAUCCCAUGGCUUCAGUUAUGGCUUUAGUUAUAGCUUUAUUUAUGGCUUUAGCUAAAGCUUUAGUUGUAAAUUUAGUUAUUGCUUUAGUUAUCGCUUUGGUGAUCUGUAAUGGCUUUAAUAAUGGCUUUAAUUAUAGCUUUAGUUAUGGCUUUAGUUAUGACUUUAGUUAUGGCUUUAGUUAUGGCUUUAGUUAUGGCUUUAGUUAUGGCUUUAGAUAUGACUUUAGUUAUGGCUUUAGUUAUGGCUUUAGUUAUGACUUUAGUUAUGGCUUUAGUUAUGGCUUUAGAUAUGACUUUAGUUAUGGCUUUUGUUAUGGCUUUAGUAGUGGCUUUAGUUAUGGCUUUAGUUAUGACUUUAGUUAUGGCUUUAGUUAUGGCUUUAGUUAUGGCUUUAGUUAUGGCUUUAGUUAUGGCUUUAGUAAUGGCUUAAGUUAUGGCUUUAGUUGCGGCUUUAGUUAUGGCUUUAGUUAUGGCUUUAGUUAUAGCUUUAGUUAUGGCUUUAGUUAUGGCUUUAUUUUUGGCUUUAGUGAUCUGAAAUUGACAUCUGCCAAAUAUUUUUUUUAAAGAGUCACUACGUAUAAUUUUUUAGAAAAAAUUCAGUAUUGACAAAAUUCAUACCUAAAGUAAUUAUAAAUAAUACAUACAUACUUCUGUAUUUGUAUUUUGUGUAUUGUGUUCGUGCAUGGGCCUAACGCCCAAAAUUCAAAUAUUUGUUGCAUGUUUUGUUUGAAAAAACGGGCUGAAAGUUGUGUUGUUGUUUUUGUCCACGUCUUGAUUAGCAACUUGUUGUUUUUUGGAAUAUCAUCUCAUGCAUCCUGAUCUACUCUAUGCUGCUUUGUGAUCCUCUUCCUCCCUCUUUCUUUCUCUCUCUCUAUCUCUCUUUCUCUUUCAUUAUCUUUUUUUUUUUUUUGCUCCUUUACUUUCGUUCUCUCUUUUUCAAUAUUAUGCCCCUCUACCCCCCCCCCCUAAAUACCUACUUAUUCACCAAGCUUUAAAUUCCACUACCCACCUAUCUCUUCACCUACCUACCUACUCACCCACCUAUCUCUUCACCUACCUACCUACUCACCCACCUAUCUCUUCACCUAACUACUAUUCUCUAUUCUGCUAUAUACCUAUUUAAUAUGUAUUUAUUCACAUUCCUACCUAUUCACCUACCAACCUACCUAUUCACCUACAUACAUAUUCAUAAAUCUACCUAUUCACCUAUCUACCUUCUCACAUAUCUACCUAUUCACCUACUACCUACUCACCUACUACCUACUCACCUACCUACCUAUUCACCUACCUACAUAUUUACCUAUCAAGUACGAACCCACUGUCAGGCCUUUAAAUCGCCUCCACCAUAUUUAAUACAAUGGGAUUAUUUUAGGUAAUUUUCGUUCUUUUUUAUUGGUCUUCUUCUUCUAUAUCUUAAGGGCCCACGAUCAAUUUAUUGAUCAUUUUGUGUAUGUUACCCAUAUUUUGUAAUACCCAUAUGUUCAUGUUACCCAUAUUUCAUAUUAACUGUUACCUACGUGCACAUGUUAUCUAUAUGCAUAUGUUACCCAUAUGUUCAUGUUACCCAUAUGUUCAUGUUACCCAUAUGUUCAUGUUACCCAUAUGUUCAUGUUACCCAUAUGUUCAUGUUACCCAUAUGUUCAUGUUACCCAUAUGUUCAUGUUACCCGUAUGUUCAUGUUACCCAUAUGUUCAUGUUACCCAUAUGUUCAUGUUACCCAUAUGUUCAUGUUAACUGUUACCUACAUGCACAUGUUACCCAUAUGUUCAUGUUGCCCGUGUGUUUGACCUAACAUCUCUCAGGAUCUUCCAGUGGGCCACUGUUAGAAAAUCCUUGAAUGAUUCACCAUUAAAGAGAGUGCUUUGACUGCAAGGAAUGGCAGGCUGCUCUUUUUUUUUGGUUGUUUUUUGUUUCUGCAAAGUUAUUUUAAAAUUGUCCUAUUUUACAGUUGUCCUACUUUAAAAUUGUCCUAUGUUACAGUUGUCCUACUUUAAAAUUGUUUUAUUUUACAGUUGUCCUAGUUUAACAUUGUCCUAUGUUACAGUUGUCCUAGUGUAAAAUUGUCCUAUAUUAUAGUUGUCCUAAUUAAAAAUUGGCUUAUGUUACAUUUGUCCUACUUAAAAAUUGUCCUAUUUACAGUUGUCCUAGUUUAAAAUUCUCACGUUUUUCAUGUGGCUUCUACGCCUUGUGUUUCAUAAGCUGAUAAUGAAUCUUGAAAAUCUCACCAGUCCACUGGUCAAUCAAAUGAAUGAAAUAGCAAAACGAGGUAUGUGGAAGCUUGAAAUAAGAUGACAGGACAAAAAAACAAGGACGUUUCGGCAUAAAGCCUUCCUCAGCCAACAAUAGAAAUGAAAAUAUAACAAAGAAAAGAGCACGGUAGACAACUCAAGAAGCUUCCAUUCGCUUCCCGUCAUCCUACCGAAAUGAAAUUUGUCAAACGGACUCGUUGCCAAUGACAACACACUAUUUCCAAUGUUCAGCUCAAUCCUCACACCGAGCCCCCUAAAAUCAGUUUAUCCCGUUUUCAAGAGGGAAGCUAAGUGACCCACUACCCGUCCUACUAUUGAGCUGAACCUAGGCACAUGGACUCUUUGCGAUGACAACACAUGCUAUCAAAUCUUCAUACCCAAUCCUCGAACGUCUCUUGAAGUGUGGGUUUGGGGGGGGGGGGGAGGAGAGAAGAGGGGGGGGGGAGANAGGGUGAUUAACCUCAGGGAACAAAAUUAAUGUUUGCACCCACCUCCCAUUUUGUACUCUAAAACACAUUUGUUUCAACCAUUCGUUUGUUUCAAUAUUGGCUUUCCUCAUGCUUCGUUUGCAAACGUCAAUAAAUCUCAGGCGUGGCCGUCCAAUAUGUCUUGCCCACCCUGCCAAAGUUUAUUUGAAAAUCACGCUUCAUCCCGAAAGGCUCGAAGCGUGGUACAAAGUUAACCAUAUUAAAAGAGAAAUGAAAAAAAUCUAUAUUAUACCAUAUUGAAAUACAAAACGCAAGAUUACACAAAUUUUUGGGCCAUCAAAUGCGAAAGUGCGCCUCCUGUAAGUCUCAAGGUGAACACGUGGUAUCGAGAGUUUUGCCACUAUCGGAUGAGCGGAGUUGUCUAGUGGGUACAUAGGUCGUCACGAGCGCUUUGAGUUAGGACGGUGCCAGGUCAUGCAAGCAGCGAUAGAAAAAAGUUGCAAUUUUGCACUCUAUGCGACCAUGCAGCCAAUGCAGCUCUCUCAGAAGUGUUUUAGCAUGGUCGAAAUUGUGUUUUCGAAGAACAAUGCGAGCCGCGUCAAUCUGUGCUUUUUGAAUUUUAUCCUGGAGCGCAGCUGGAAGACCCACAAUAAGAGCAUUGCAGUAGUCCAAGCGUGAUAGCACGCAUGCAGACAUCAGUUUACAUAAAUGCAAAUGGAAAUGAAUAUAAAGGCUUUAUAUUUGUAAUAACGUUCUUUUUAAUGAUUCAAUGGACAAGUUUUAUUACUUUGAUUGGCAUCGAGCUGGAUCAUUGAAAAUUCUCCUCAUUCGAAUGCAUCAUUCAAACAUGACUAAGAAGUGUAUCAUACACACAUGGCAUUUAUAUAAUUCAAACACGACAAUAUGUAUCAUACGUCUCAUUGGAGAUGGCGCCGGUGGGUCGUCAAGCUUGAGCUCUUAAUACCCCCUACCCCCGGUUUCCCCGUCGCCAGACCGUGCGGAAGCACGCCGGAGACCUAACCCCCCCCCUGGCCUGGGAGACGUCCGGUUGACUGAAAACGCUGCAUUUAAAGCGUUCACGGUCCACUCUCCUUGGGUCUGAACGUUUUUGCUUCCUCUCCAGGGAAAGGUGUUGUGUUUAUUCCCCCCCCCCCAACCCCCCAGGGAGUUGUCGGAAUGUAGCGGGGACGAAACGGUCGCCUAGGAGCGGCUUUCUCAAGGCCGCGUAGAUGAGAUGCAUAUGUAUCAUACAGACAUGACAAUAUGUAUAUUCUAAUGUAUGAUCCUACGCGUCGGAUAAAAUUAUGCACAUAGUCAUUUACAACAAAGAAAAUAUGUACUCCGAGACUACAAUCAUUUACAAAGUAUAAUAUUUACACAAAGACUAUCAUAAAUGAAUUCAUAGAAUAUUUACACAAAAAUAUUAUAAUUAACAACAUAUAAUAAAUACACAAAUACUACCAACAUUGACAACAUAGACUACGUACACAAACACUACCAACACUGAAAACAUAGCCAACGUACACAAAUACUACCAACACUGACAACAUAGACAACGUACACAAAUACUACUAACACUGACAACAUAGACAACGUACACAAAUACUACCAACACUGACAACAUAGACAACGUACACAAGUACUACCAACACUGACAACAUAUACAACGUACACAAAUACUACCAACACCGACAAUAUAGACUACGUACACAAAUUCUACCUACACAGAUUACGUACACACUUACUACCAACUUAAUAAAAAUAAUAAUAAAGUUUAUUUGACAAUCACGAUUCAUCCCCAAAGUCUCGAAGCACGGUACAAAGUCAACCAUUUUAAAAGAAAAUUCAAAAAAUCUAUAUUUUACCACAUUGAAAUACAAAACGCAGCAUUACAAAAACUACAUACGAGAAUACCCAUUCUAAGUCUUUCAUCCCUUACAACCAUAAACAACACAGGGCACUAUACAUCUAGGAGACUACAGCUAGCUGGAAAAGGUGGUAGACAACAUCACCCCAACAGGUGUUUGCGAAAUAUACAUGUUUUCAAAUCGGUUUUGAAAGAAUCCAACAUAGACAACAUUGACUACGUACUCAAAUACUACCAACAUUGACAACUUAGACUACGUACACAAAUACUGCCAACAUUGACAACAUAGACUAAGUACUCAAAUACUACCAACAUUGACAACAUAGACUACGUACACAAAUACUGCCAAAUUGGACAACAUAGACUACGUACACAAAUACUAGCAACAUAGACAACAUAGACUACGUACACAAAUACUGCCAACAUUGACAACAUAGACUAAGUACUCAAAUACUACCAACAUUGACAACAUAGACCACUUACACAAAUACUAGCAACAUAGACAACAUAGACUACGUACACAAAUACUGCCAACAUUGACAACAUAGACUAAGUACUCAAAUACUACCAACAUUGACAACAUAGACUACGUACACAAAUACUGCCAAAUUGGACAACAUGGACUAGGUACACAAAUACUGCCAACAUUGACAACAUAGACCACUUACACAAAUACUAGCAACAUAGACAACAUAGACUACGUACACAAAUACUGCCAACAUUGACAACAUAGACUAAGUACUCAAAUACUACCAACAUUGACAACAUAGACUACGUACACACAUACUGCCAACAUUGACAACAUAGACUACGUACACAAAUACUAGCAACAUAGACAACAUAGACUACGUACACAAAUACUGCCAACAUUGACAUCAUAGACUACGUACACAAAUACUGCCAACAUUGACAACAUAGACUAAGUACUCAAAUACUACCAACAUUGACAACAUAGACCACUUACACAAAUACUAGCAACAUUGACAACAUAGACUACCUACACAAAUAAUAGCAACAUAGACAACAUAGACUACGUACACAAAUACUGCCAACAUGGACAACAUAGACUAGGUACACAAAUACUGACAACAUUGACAACAUAGACUACGUACACAAAUACUGCCAACAUUGACAACAUAGACUACGUACACAAAUACUGCCAACAAUGACAACAAUUACACCGUACACAAAUACUACAAACAUUGACAACUUAUUCUAUGCACACAAACAACGAACAUCAGUUUAGUCUGAAAACGUGUACAUCGAACAUCUUCUCCAAAAACCUUUCCAACUGCACCAUCCCCCUCUCCCCAACCCAAUACUUUUGGGGUCCCUUUUUUCCCAGCGUGCCUAGAGUGCCUUUUGUCAACUUGUCCCCACUCCCGGGCUACACUCCCCGCCCCCCUCAGCACCCCCUCCCGUCAGCGGACAACUCUUCUCCAAACAAAAGAGCAUGCAAGCCCUGGGAUAGCUCGGUUUAAUAAACGAGUGUAAACUAGACCCCUUGUGGGGCCCGGCCACCUCAUUGGACCAUCGCUGGACAGGCGUUCUGUGUAUGCUGAGAGUCAGCUCAAUGAGAUGACCACGUGCCUUUGUUAUUUAAUCUCAUCUGUGUUGUCCAGAACAGGCCAUAAUAUUUGUAUAUACUACUUUGGUAAGUAGGCAGAACAUUACAUUAUUUAGCUAUACUAAUUAGAGCAAAUAAUGCAACUCUUGCUGAUCAAAUGGUUUGUUGUUCCUAAAUGCCUAGUAUAGUUCUACGGAGUCAAUACUGCAUACUACAAGCCUAGUAUUGUUCUACGGAGUCAAUACUUCAUACUACAAGCCUAGUAGUACUACGGAGUCAAUACUUCAUACUACAAGCCUAGUAGUACUACGGAGUCAAUACUUCAUACUACAAGCCUAGUAGUACUACGGAGUCAAUACUUCAUACUAUAUGUCUAAUAGUACCUCGGAGUAAAUACUUAAUUAAAAAGCCUAUUAGUACUACGGCGUAAAUACUUCAUACUCUAUGCCUAGUAGUAAUACUGAGUCAAUACUUAAUUGAUUAACAGUUUUAAAUGUAUUCGAAACCAUCAUCAUUUUGUAAUGGUUACUGAUAUUAAGAAAAUGUUGAUACGGUAAAGCGAUCUUUAUAUUCCGAAUCUUGCCUUGUCACAACUUGAACGGUGCGUCCUUGCUCUGAAACGAGGUAAUCCCUACUUAAAUAAUGUCAAACCGAAAAUGAUUUUGAACUGGUACAUUCCAGAGAAAAUGAGUAAAACAGAGUAGGGUUAAACCUGAAAAAAAUAAACGCAACAAAACAGCGAACGUGUCGGUAGAAAGCCUUCGUCAGCGAACAAAACAACAGAAAAAACGGUAUAAAAACAAAAAUAAGAAAUAACACUUAGCUGGUAAGUAGUAUAUGUGGGCAGCAAUAGAAGUGUUUUUAAUUUUAACCCAUUCAAUUCAUGUACUGAGAAUCGCUCAAUCACAUCGUAUUUGUUAUCAACGAAAGCUUUAGUUUCUCGGAAUUAGAAAAAAUUUACUUUGCUGUCACUCAAGAAAGUUACCAAACACUUCAUUCGGCGUUUAAUCAUGGCCAAAACAGUGUUUUUCUGACCUAAUUUCUGACGCAUCCACCUUGAACUUUUAAUACAGCAUGCAUUUGGAUUGGUUCCAUGUGUGGAAAAAUUACGUGUGAUCGGUUAUCCUUUUAUGAAAAUCACGAGCUUACAAAUGAACAUACAUUAAUUCAAUGAAACAAAACAAAUGUAAAAUUGACUCCACCCUUUCUAGAACCAUUUCCAGUUCAAGUUGCGCAUCACGAUAAUAUUUAAUUUCACGCCUCACAGACAGAGGAGUCCUUCGUGUCAACAGAAAUAAUUAUUGAUUUUUUAGGACUCCAGUGGAAACCAAAUGAAACUAAAUGUUAGGAAAUUAAAAGUUGGGUAAUAAAAAAGGAGGAAAAAAAGGUUCCUUUAGCGCAGAGGUGACCACAAUAGAAAUGAAACUCGGUCACCCAGGUCCAGAGGUGACCACAAUAGAAAUGAAACUUGGUCACCCAGGUCCAGAGGUGACCACAAUAGAAAUGAAACUCGGUCACCCAGGUCCAGAGGUGACCACAAUAGAAAUGAAACUCGGUCACCCAGGUCCAGAGGUGACCACAAUAGAAAUGAAACUCGGUCACCCAGGUCCAGAGGUGACCACAAUAGAAAGGAAACUCGGUCACCCAGGUCCAGAGGUGACCACAAUAGAAAGGAAACUCGGUCACCCAGGUCCAGAGGUGACCACAAUAGAAAUGAAACUCGGUCACCCAGGUCCAGAGGUGACCACAAUAGAAAUGAAACUCGGUCACCCAGGUCCAGAGGUGACCACAAUAGAAAUGAAACUCGGUCACCCAGGUCCAGAGGUGACCACAAUAGAAAGGAAACUCGGUCACCCAGGUCCAGAGGUGACCACAAUAGAAAUGAAACUUGGUCACCCAGGUCCAGAGGUGACCACAAUAGAAAGGAAACUCGGUCACCCAGGUCCAGAGGUGACCACAAUAGAAAUGAAACUCGGUCACCCAGGUCAUUUCACUUUUAAGUUAUGUUUGUGAUUCUUUUUUUAGAAAUGUAUGGGGGAAAAAAAUCUUAUAUUUAUUGGAUUUUAAGUGGUCGGAUGGGGGUGGGUGGGGGAGGGUGUCCCCAACCCAGCCUUAAAGUCUCCAUCUGCAGCUGGUAUGAUUGGUAGGUCGUGUUGACUUAGGGCACAGCAUCCCACUUUGGGCUCUUGUUCACACUUCCAAAGCAUUGACAGACUUGACCUCUUUAGAAGAACUCCUUAUCUGACGGUGUGGAUAUCCAAUCACUGUACCUGGCCAAAGGUUAAAUGCCACUUUCAAGAGGUCAAAUUUAAUGACGCAGACACUGUCGUCAGUCACACUGGUAGCAGUUGCUGACUCCAUCUAAGUGAUAGUUUAUUGACAUGAUGUUCAUACCUAGUCCUCUUCUGGUUUGGUUCUUCUCCAACUUCUAAACCCUGCCUUCUUCAACCUUCUAAACCCUGCCUUCUCCAAUCUUCUAAAUCUGCCUUCUUCAAUCUUGUAAACCCUGCCUUCUCCAAUCUUCUAAACCCUGCCUUCUCCAAUCUUCUAAAUCUGCCUUCUCCAAUCUUCUAAAUCUGCCUUCUCCAAUCUUCUAAACCCUGCUUUCUCCAAUCUUCUAAAUCCUGCCUUCUCCAAUCUUCUAAACCCUGCCUUCUCCAAUCUUCUAAACCUGCAUUCUCAAAUCUUCUAAUCUAAACAUUUCCUCAUCCAAUCUUGUAACCUUGUUUUCUCCAAUCUUCUAAACCUUGCCUUCCCCGAUCUUCUAUUACUAGGUCAAACUUAACCACUCUAUUAGUAUGUCAUCAUGACACUCUGUAAGUAGGUCAAAGGUAUUCACCUUACUAGUAUCCCAGCCGUACGCGUCAGUUAGAGGGUUAAACUGAAUCACGGGUAGGUCAAAUUCAACGACUCACAGCGCAGACCAGUGUUUGUCUAGGGCUAAGUACAGGUCACAUCAUGUUACGGAUUGCCUCUCAGAAUAAUUGAACUUCCCCAAACGCGUGUGUCAUCUGUCAGGUACUUGAACACCGUAGUAGCCUCCCCUUGUUGUAGUUGUCAACAUGUUGUAAAAAGCGCUGAUGCAAGCCUAUACACUUGGGACAUUUGGACUCCGGCUCCGUCUUGAUGACACUCAGCUCCGGAACGUAAUUAACGUUUCAAAAUGUUCACCAAGAAUUGGAUUUUGUGUACAAAUUAAUGUUGAUAUGAAUGUACAAAUUAAUUUUGAUAUGAAUGUACAAAUUAAUGUUGAUAUGAAUGUAUAAAUUAAUGUUGAUAUUAAUGUACACAUUAAUGGUGAUGUAAGUGUACACAUUAAUAGUGAUAUAAAUGUACAAAUUAAUUUUGAAGUAAAUGUACAAAUUAAUGUUGAUAUAAGUGUACAAAUUAAUGUUGAUGUGAAUGUUCAAAUUAAUGGUGAUGUAAAUGCAAAAUUAAUGUUGGUGUGAAUGUACACAUUAAUUUUAAUAUGAAUAUACAAAUUAAUGUUGAUGUGAAUGUACACAUUAAUUUUAAUAUGAAUAUACAAAUUAAUGUUGAUGUGAAUGCACAAAUUAAUGUUGAUGUAAAUUUACAAAUUAAUGUUGAUGUAAAUUUAUAAAUUAAUGUUGAUGUAAAUUUACAAAUUAAUGUUUAUGUAAAUUUACAAAUUGAUGUUGAUGUAAAUUUACAAAUUGAUGUUGAUGUAAAUUUACAAAUUAAUUUUGAUGUAAAUUUACAAAUUAAUGUUGAUGUAAAUUUACAAAUUGAUGUUGAUGUAAAUUUACAAAUUAAUGUUGAUGUAAAUUUACAAAUUGAUGUUGAUGUAAAUUUACAAAUUAAUGUUGAUGUAAAUUUACAAAUUAAUUUUGAUGUAAAUUUACAAAUUAAUGUUGAUGUAAAUUUACAAAUUAAUGUUGAUGUAAAUUUACAAAUUAAUGUUGAUGUAAAUUUACAAAUUGAUGUUGAUGUGAACGUUGGUUUAAAAAAAAAUUGUUCAAGCUAAUGUUUUUAUAAAUUAUUAUUUGACUACCAACACUAGAAAAAUGACAUCACUCUUAGUACUAGAAAAUAUGACAUCUCUUUUAGUACUCGAAAAUAUGUCAAGUUUCUAAGUUUAUUCUUGGUGAUUGACGACAAUGACGUAACGGGGCGUGUCAGUCUGGUAAUGACUCACUUUGAAAACCUUUUUUGGCGGAAAACUGGGUUAUUUUCUUCGGGGAGUCUCAAAUUGUUUUCUAUGCAAGACCUGUUAAGCGUGAAUGGUGAUUAAAUCAGUUGCUAUUUUGUGAGGGAUUGUGUAUACAAAAGAGGGAGGCCACAGAAAAGGGGGAGGGGGCACACAAAAGAGGGGGUGGUCGGAAGCUAAGUAAAACGUAUGUAUUUUGAUGAGCGUGUAGCUAAAAAUAGAUCAUCAAUACUUCUAUCUAUAGGUCACACUUGUUGGCAGCAGACUUUGUCAGCAAUCGUGGCCUUAAGGCAAGGUUUUCGAUUACUGUAGGCUGUGUAAUGGAUUAAUAUGUUGUUUUUUUUAGAUUGGUACUGAAAAAAAUUGGAUUCGAUACCUGUAUUUAUUUAUAAAUAAAACAUAACUUAAAUUUGCGGACCAAAAAUGCGAAGUGAUUUCCAACCUUUGACGUCAUGGGGUCAUUCGAUAUAGUCAUGGAGGUAUUUUAAUCUAGUCAUGAAGGUCCUUUAAUCUAGUCAAGGAGGUCAUUUAAUCAAGUCACGAAUGUCAUUUAAUCUAGUUAUGAAAGACAUUUAUUUUACUCGUGUCCAUGGCCAGUUCAUUUUUCCCGGAGUCACACAAUGUCUAUUUAACUCUUUUGCUAAAAAUACGUCUUGAGAACCCUUGUGUUUCAGGGUCCAGGUGGAAAUCUGAAACACGCUAUGAAACCAGACCCACGGUUUGUUGACCUAACAUGCAAGCACAGCUCACUGUAACAUUGACCCCCCCCCCUUUCCCCCGUGGGCAUCCUCAGACACCCCCCCUCCCCCAACCACCGCGCGAGCAUGGGAUAUUACAGAUUCCAUGUCUGUCUAAUCCGUCUCAAUAUGUUUGAUCAUCUGACCGAAGGUAAAUUUGAUAGCCUCGUUUCGCUGCUAAUUUGGGAUCGGCAAAGAUUGACUCUUCCCGAGUAUCGCCCCUAUUCGUGGCUUGUCUCCCCCUUUCACGGGGGACACCACCAGACCCCCUUUUGUCUGUGACGAGCUACCACCCUGUCCUGGAUUGCAGUGACGCGACAGAGUGACGGAAUUUGAACAAAUGAAAACACAAGGUUAACAGGAAGAUCCCUUUUGUUAAAUACUCCCACAGAGCUUUGUGUCGUGCCACCAUUGUCCGAGGCUGGUCUUGUAGUUCAGUCUAUGCUGCUCAAAGGCGGUCUAGAGGAAAUACUGCACUCCUGGACACUUUGGAUUAAGCCUUUUUUGGAUUUUGUGGAGCGGUGUGGAUAAUAUGUUUUUGGUGAUUAUAAAAUGGUGGUUGUUGUUAGUGAUGGUAUAGUCAUAAGAGGUAGAUUAUCUCGGAAAGAUUAUCUCAGUUAUUUGAUGAAUGAUUAAAUUUCAUUCUUUUUUUAAGUUAAUGUAGAGACUCAAAUAUAGAUCUGAAGACAGGUCGUCUUAUUUUAUUGUGUGAUAGCUAAGUUAACGUUAAGACAAACAAAUUAUAGAUUUUAAUACACGUCAUCUUAUUUUAAUUUGUUUAGUUACGCUAAUGUUAAGACAAAAAUAUAGAUUUUAAGACACACCAUCUUAUUUUAAUUUGUUUAGUUGAGUUAAUGUAAGACACAAAUAUAGAUUUGAAGACACGUCAUCUUAUUUUAUUUUGUUUAGUUAAGUUAAUGUUAUGACACAAAAAUAGAUUUAAAGACACGCCAUCUUGUCUCAUCAUGUUCUCGUUCCUUCCAAAAAAGUUGUAUGAUAUCAUUAACACCUUACUAUCAGUGGUGUACAUGUGUAAAUGGUGUUCAUGUUUCAAUGUUGUACCUUUUUAAAUGCUGCACAUGUGUAAAUGGUGUACGUGUGUCAGUUGAGUACACGAGUCAAUCGUGUACAAAUGUCAUUAACGUACAUGUGUCAAUGGUGUACAUGUGUCAAUGGUGUACAUGUGUCAAUGGUGUGCUUAUUUCAAUGACGUACAUGUGUCAAUGGUGUGUAUUUGUCAAUGACGUACAUGUGUCAAUGGUGUGCAUUUGUCAAUGACGUACAUGUGUCAAUGGUGUACACGUCUCAAUGACGUACAUUGGUCAUUAGCAUGUCCGUGUUAUGCGUUAAACGCCUUGAAUGCAUGCGGACACUAGGACUUUAACACAUCUGACCGGCCAUCUUUGGUGUUCUCGUUCAUCAAUAGACGCAUGGAUACAACCUUUCUUCUGACAUCACUGAAUUUUGUCCUCUGAAUAAAAAAACAUAUCUUAAAGAUGAUCUGAAACAAACCUUAGAAAAACAUUGAUGUCCAUUCCAUUACAUAAAAGCACGAUUCAUUUUAUUUUUUUAAUACAUACAUAUAUUAUAUGAUCCAAAUUCAAGUGUUAAUAUUACCAUGGUUACUUACGGGAUGGAUCAGUACUAGUAACUCUACACUAUCAUUAUACUAUUUUACGUUGCCAUGGUAAUUGUGAUUCUUCCUGAUUUUCGUAAUAAACAUAAAGAUAAGCAAGAUCUAAGUUAAGAGUCAGGCAUUGACAAAAAGGAUACGUUAAGAGUCAGACAUUGUCAAAAAUGAUACGUUAAAAGUCAGACAUUGAUAUUCCCCCCCCUAAUCUGGGCCGUGACGCAUUUAAAAGUUGAAACUUGUGCACAUCGGGAUAAUCUUCAACUGUGUUGGGACAUGAUGGGUGAUUGCCUUGAUGGGUACUUGUCUUGAUGGGUGAUUGUCUUGGUGGGUACUUGUCUUGAUGAGUGAUUGCCUUGAUGGGUACUUGCCUUGAUGGGUUUUACAUUUAUUUAUACAAUGACAUUCCCAAUAGCUUUCAAUAUUUAUAAAUUAUAAGACAUCCACCUUUACACAGCUUUCAGGCGAUUGGUCGAAUUUUAUGGGGUGGGGAAAGGAGGUGGAGCAGGGAGACAACUUUAAAUAAUGUUGAAUAAAUUAAAUCCAUAAACUAAGAAAAUAGGUGUUCAAUACAGGACGUUACACACGAUUUCAUUUCUUUUUCAAUCAAAAGGUAUCUUGACAGUACUCUAUAACAGCAAACUGGACAGUACUCUACAACAGCAAACUGGGCAGCACUCUGUAACGGCAAACUGAACAGCACUCUACAACAGAAAACUGGGCAGCACUCUAGACCAGCUAACAGGACAGCACUCUAGACCAGCUAACAGGACAGCACUCUAGAACAGCUAACAGGACAGCACUCUGGAACAGCUAACAGGACAGCACUCUAAAAGAGCUAACAGGACAGCACUCUAGAACAGCUAACUGAACUACUCCAGGACACCAUGACAUCAAAUUGUUGGCGCACGGCCAAGUCUUGCCCAUCAACUGACCAAGGGGCAUCUUCUAAAGCCUCCUGUAAAGCUUGGUUUCGCUGUGAAACCGCGGGAGAUUACGUCAUCAGGUGGCGUUGCCACUCGGCAGACGAGGAUCUCAACAACACAGGGCUGCCGUUCUCUCUGUGCAGCGACCUGGUGCAGACUAGAGACUUAACCGAGUGUCCCCCUCCUGUCGUGUGUGCAGACGACCCUUACCAGGACGGCGCACAUGCAGUAAGUCUAUCGCGAGCAACAUACAAAUGUCAAUGGUCAACUGUCAAUAGCUUUAAACAAACACACAUUAACAGAGGCUUUAUGUCUAAUUGUAUCAAUGCCAUGAUAAUAUUUAUAAAAAAAGCUGACUCUUGGGUUCUCAACCUGUUUUGAUUUGCUAGUCUUCAUUGUUUUAUCAAAAUAUAACUCCCUUGAUCGUCAGUGGUUCUCCUUCUCAAACCUUUUCCACUCAUCACCCCUUAAGACCAUAAACACAUCCCUAACCCUAAUCCUAACCCUUAAGACCAUAAACACAUCCCUAACCCUAACCCUUAAGACAAUAAACACAUCCCUAACCCUAAUCCUAACCCUUAAGACCAUAAACACAUCCCUAACCCUUAAGACCAUAAACACAUCCCUAACCCUAACCCUUAAGACCAUAAACACAUCCCUAACCCUAACCCUUAAGACCAUAAACACAUCCCUAACCCUAACCCUUAAGACCAUAAACACAUCCCUAACCCUAACCCUUAAGACCAUAAACACAUCCCUAACGCCCAAACGUCAUAGGUGGAUUCAAAAUGAAAUGCAUACAACAUUAAAAUACUAUAUAUUUGUAUAUAAUAUAUAUAUAUAUAUAUAUAUGUAUACAUUGACAUGUAUGGGUUUAAAAAUAGAGUUGACAAAUUCCAUAUCAUUAUAACGUGUUGAUUGAUUUUAAAAAAAAACAGAAUUUAAUAACAGAUCCACUGAAGCAUGCUACGGUUAGCAAAUAGUUCAAUGAUGAACAGAUGAACUGAAACAUAUUACAGUGAACAAAAAUUUAAAUACAACUCUUGUGUGGAGUGGUUGAUUUUAUUUGAUGAAGAUUACAGUUAAUGAUAAAUCUGGGUCCUUAUGUCCCCCUGCUUGUCACAGAUGACCUUUAUACACUGAACCCAAUUACGCCCUUCACCCGAGAACUCUCAAACCACCCUUCAAACAAGAACUCUCAAACCACCCAUCAAACAAGAACUCUCAAAUCACACCUCACACAAGAACUCUCAAACCACCCAUCAAACAAGAACUCUCAAACCACCCAGCAACCAAGAACUCUCAAACCACCCAUCAAACAAGAACUCUCAAACCACCCUUCAACCAAGAACUCUCAAAUCACACCUCACACAAGAACUCUCAAACCAUCCCUCACCCAUGAACCUUCAAACCAUCCUCACACAAGAACUCCUUCAAACCAUCCUUACACAAGAACUCCUUCAAACCAUCCUUACACAAGAACUCCUUCAAACCAUCCUUACACAAGAACUCCUUCAAGCCAUCCUUACACAAGAACUCCUUCGAACCAUCCCUUACACAAGAACUCCUUCAAACCAUCCUUACACAAGAACUCCUUCAAAACAUCCUUACACAAGAACUCCUUCAAAUCAUCCCUCACGCAAGAACUCCUUCAAACCAUCCUCACACAAGAACUCCUUCGAACCAUCCCUUACACAAGAACUCGCAAACCUCCCAGUUUCAAAUCCGUUACUCUAUCGUAAAUAUGAAACUUAAAAUUAAGACAAUUAUGUUUGCAGAGAUUAUUUGACUAAUUGCCUAAAUCAGAUAAGAAACAUGAAUAUGUGGGCAACAGUUUUAUCGUACCACAUCCUUUACUAUUUAGUUUUAGCUUUGGUGAAGCCUUGAAGCCAGUGGUUCUAAAUUAUUUAGCAGCGCCAUGCCCCGUAUUGAUUUCGAAAUACUCCCCCGCAUCCGAACAAUAAAAUAUACAAACAAACCUUGAUUGUCUGCGGCCUCCCACAUCUCCGACACUGCCUCCCACAUCUCCGACUCUGCUUCCCACAUCUCCGACACUGCAUCCCACAUCUCCGACACUGCCUCCCACAUCUCCGACACUGCCUCCCACAUCUCUGACACUGCCUCCCACAUCUCCGACUCUGCCUCACACAUCUCCGACACUGCAUCCCACAUCUCCGACACUGCCUCCCACAUCUCCGACACUGCCUCCCACAUCUCCGACACUGCCUCCCACAUCUCCGACACUGCCUCCCACAUCUCCGACACUGCCUCCCACAUCUCCGACACUGCCUCCCACAUCUCCGACACUGCCUCCCACAUCUCCGACACUGCCUCCCACAUCUCCGACACUGCCUCCCACAUCUCCGACACUGCCUCCCACAUCUCCGACACUGCCUCACACAUCUCCGACACUGCCUCACACAUCUCCGACACUGCCUCCCACAUCUCCGACACUGCCUCACACAUCUCCGACACUGCCUCACACAUCUCCGACACUGCCUCCCACAUCUCCGACACUGCCUCCCUCAUCUCCGACACUGCCUCCCACAUCUCCGACACUGCCUCCCACAUCUCCGACACUGCCUCCUAAGGACCCAGAUAACACUCAUAAUUACCAAUUCUAAAUGAGCAAAGCUUAACAAGGAUUUUUGGUGAGCGAAAAAAACAAAACAACAACAACAGCAACAAAUCCGUUACUCUUGUUACCGUAGAUACCAGCAAAAUGAAUCAAUGACAAUUUGUGUUACCGUAGAUACCAGCAAAAUGAAUCAAUGGCAAUUUGUGUUACCGUAGAUACCAGCAAAAUGAAUCAAUGGCAAUUUUUGUUACCGUAGAUACCAGCAAAAUGAAUCAAUGGCAAUUUUUGUUACCGUAGAUACCAGCAAAAUGAAUCAAUGACAAUUUUUGUUACCGUAGAUACCAGCAAAAUGAAUCAAUGACAAUUUUUGUUACCGUAGAUACCAGCAAAAUGAAUCAAUGGCAAUUUUUGUUACCGUAGAUACCAGCAAAAUGAAUCAAUGGCAAUUUUUGUUACCGUAGAUACCAGCAAAAUGAAUCAAUUACAAUUUUUAUUACAGUAGAUACCAGCAAAUUCAAUCAAUAAAAAGUUUGAUAACUACGCAUGCUAGCAAAACCCAUCAAUGACAUUUAUUACGAAGUUCAUUGAUGGAAAUUCAGCUAUUUUUAGUACCUACGUAUUUUAGACGCCAAUUCUAUAAUGAAAUACCUAAUUCCUUUUGAAGAUUUGCGUCUAGAAAAUAGUGUAUGUUGUAUGUUGCAUGUUUAAAUAGUUUGGCAGUUUGGUUGGCAUUUUAAAAACAAAAUUUUAAUAUAAUAAUUUUUUGUCAGCCUCUUAUUUACUUAUGUCUCAAUGUUCUUUCAUGUAUUCAUCUACAGACCAAUGACCUGUCCACGGAUGUCAUACUGGCCAUUGCUGUGGCGUCUUUCGCUGUCCUGGCCAUCAUGUUGAUCAUGGCUUCGACCUACAAAUACUGUAUGAUGAGGAAAAGGUAAAAAAAACAAAAAAACAAUACCACAGAAAUGUUGUAUUUGAAAUAGUAAAAAUGUAUUAAAAAAUUAAAUUUUUAAAUAAAAAAAUAUUUGGAUUAAAAAUUAAAAAAAUUAUUAAAUAAUUGACUUCUUUGGAUUUAAUAACCCUGUGGUAUCAUGGUAAAUAACCCUGUAGUAUCAUGGUAAAUAACCCUGUAGUAUCAUGGUCAAUAACCCUGUAGUAUCAUGGUCAAUAACCCUGUUGUAUCAAGGUCAAUAACCCUGUAGUAUCAUGGUCAAUAACGAUGUUGUAUCAUGGUCAAUAUCCCUGUAGUAUCAUGGUCAAUAACCCUGUUGUAUCAUGGUCAAUAACCCUAUAGUAUCAUGGUCAAUAACCCUGUAGUAUCAUGGUCAAUAACCCUGUAACAUCACGGUCAAUAGUUUAAAGACUCCAAGGAGGAGCAUCUGAGGGAACUAGCCACGAGAGGGCAGCAUCCAGCAGUACAUUGGUGGCGGGCUUUAGAUAGAAAUGUUCAGAACAGGACAUGCCAGCUCACAUUCGCCAUUAAAUCUUGAUCCCUGACACCCUGUGGAGAUAGGUGUUUGUUGCUUCUAUCUGCUACUUUCGGAAUAGUAGGUCAUUGGUUGGGCAGCGUGUCAUAGUUUGGGCAAUGUGGUAAUAGGGUAUUAUUACAUGGUAAUAGUUUGGGAAAGUGUGGUAAUAGGUUGUGAUUACAUGAUCAUAGUUUUGAACAGUUUGGUCAUAGGUUGGGAUAGUGUGUAACCAGAUCAAUACUUUUAAGACUAAACUACUUAUCCACUAAUCCACUAACUCCCAAUGGAUUAAACCCACACAUUGACUCUAGUCUUUCUUCCUCUUAUUUUCCAGGUCUAAGCGCCGCCCGCCGCCCAGACAGUUCGUGAUCCGAGACUUUCCCUACCCCGUGCGUUACCACAACCUGUGGGGCACGGGGCACCAUCUCCAUGACUACGUCAACAAGAAAUCAACAAGCUCCCCGGUUUACGGGAGUCCUUACCCGGAUGUAAGUCUCGUUAAAACUUGAUUUCAUCUCCAAGAAGAUGUUGUCCCACAAUCGCCUCAGUUUGAGAACUAAUGUGAAAACUCAUAAUCUCUACUUUUCAAAUCGACCAACGCCAUUUUGUGUCAUCAUAGAUUUGUUGAAUUGGCAAGUAGACUGAAACAAAGCAUAAUUUAUUUUACUCUCCCCGUUUGUGGUGGGGGGAAAAAGGGGGGGGGGGUAGAAUGCGUGUCGAUAUUUUCUAAAGAUUUUGAGAUUCUCAUUGAAAAUCUUGUUAAUUAGUCAUCAUAGAUUUGUUGAAUUGGCAAGUAGACUGAAACAAAGCAUAAUUUAUUUUACUCUCCCCGUUUGUGGUGGGGGGAAAAAGGGGGGGGGGGGUAGAAUGCGUGUCGAUAUUUUCUAAAGAUUUUGAGAUUCUCAUUAAAAAUCUUGUUAAUUUGCUCUCUAUUUAUGUACAAGUUUUUUAUGUUAGUUUAGAGCAAAUAAAUCAAUAGAAAGUUAUAGUAAUUAGGGGCUACUCAGUGCACUACAUGUGCUACUUAAAGACAAAUUUAUGUGUUUAAUGUAUGUUUAAUGUUCAUCUUAAUGUACGAUUGCAUUUUGAAGAUGAAGAAGUUGAGCGGUUUCAUUGAUGUGUACUACAGAUGUUCAACGGAAUUAACGUGUAUCUUGUUCUUUGUGACCAGGUGUAUUUCUCUCGACCCUACGAAGCAUCCAGACAGUUUGAGAACCUCCUCACGUCAUCGGACGAUUCGAUGGACAACCACAUCGGAGAAUAUAACCUGGCACGCAACCAGCACGGACACUCCCACUCUCACGGCGGCGGGAAACAAAAAUCUGACCCGUCGGUGGUGACCGGAAGCUUUGUGUUCCACCAGCCGGGCUCAGCUGGAGUGGGUGGGCUCAAGAAAGAAGCGAAGCGACAGGAUGGGUGGGUCCACUCAAAGUCGGACAAGAAGGAUGUAGACGGCGGAGACAACGCCGAAUGCUACCACAUCUACCGCGGCAAUCUGAGCAAAUUUCGCGCCACCGAACAAAUGAGUGGCAGCACGCACCGUAGUUUCGUGAAGAAGGAGCACCACCAUCGGGUAUCUGAUGUCAGCUCCGAUUGCCCUCACGGUCAGCGCCUGACCUCGAUAACUAUCCCAAGCUUCAACCACAGCCUGCACCAAUCUAAACAUCACCACGACAAGAUCAACAGAGAGCAUCAGCUUCACCACGACAAGAUCAACAGAGAGCAUCAACUUCGCGAGGAACUCACCGAGAAGUUUACAAUCCACAGCUUUGAUAGCCGCAGCAGCAGCAGCAGCAGCAGAUCAAGAGAUUCGAUUCCUCCAAGUGAAAUGGGUUUCGUUGAGCACAAUCCUCGAGCCUACGGGAACGGUCGCAGCAGCCGACACCCCCAGGCUAAAACAUCAAAGCCACGCCACAGAUCUCCCAGCAGUAACAGCCCUGACGUCAUCAGCAGCCACAACUUCACCAACGCGUUCGUUCGUGUCGGAAUGAACGUGUACCGGUCGCUGCACGGCAAGGCGAGCACUGCUGGGAGCAGUACCAACACCAAACACCACAUCAUCGCUAAAAACCUUCACACCACCAACAACCAUCACUCCACCAACAACAACAGCAUGGAACUUAGCUACGACAGCUUCAGGAACGAGCAUCUGAGGGAACUAGCCACGAGAGGGGCGGCAUCCAGCAGUACAUUGGAGGCGGGCUUUAGACAGAAAAGUUCAGAACUGGACAUGCCAGCUCACAUUCGCUAUUAAAUCUUGAUCACUGACACCCUGUGGAGAUAGGUGUGUGUUGCUUCAGUUCAACGGAAGUAUCACAUUAGUAACCGUAGCAUCGCAGUCUCCAAAUCAAAGACUUCUCUCUAGCAAUCAAAGAGUUUCGAAGUGACUGACCACACGACUUGCUGAUGUAGUCAUUCGACCAAUCAUAGCGGUUUCAAAUGAGAAGCUGUCGCACAACUUUGCAAUAACAAUGUCAGAUUUCUUAUGUCAUCUAUAGGCACUAAUGCUCGUGGUGACUGUGUCAUCUGCACUAACACCAGUGGUGACCAUGCCAUCUAUAGGCAAGAACACUAGAGGUGACCAUGUCAUCUGCACUAACGUUUCAGGCUCAAUUCUUAACUUUCGUAGAUCAAGCUGUUCAUCAAAACUGCUUGAUAUAAUCCCAGCCAUAUCUACUAGUAGUAGAGCUACAUAAUUCUAGUACAGCUACCUACUACUAGUAGAGCUACAUAACGCUAGUACAGCUACCUACUACUAGUAGAGUUACAUAAUUCUUGUACAGCUACCUACUACUGGUAGGGCUACAUAAUGCUAGUAGAGCUGCCUACUACUAGUACAGGAAAACAGGACUGGCAGUUACAAGAUUACUUUUUUUUUCUGCACAAUUCCGGGUAUAUUAAGAAUACGUCUGGACGCCAAUGACCCCGUGACCUUGGAUGGGCAUAUUCCUGUCAUUAAUAUUCGACGGAUGGUAUAAUUAAAUAUAAACAUCGUAUUUAAUUAGGGUUGAGAACACAAAUGCGAAGACACGUUCUAAGAAAAGUGCUGAUACAAGUGCUAAGGAAAGUGCUAAGGGAUAUGCAAAAAGUCAAGUUCUAAAAGACAAGUGCUUAGAAAAUUGCAAAGACAAAUGCUAAGACAAGCUCCACACCCUGACUAAAGACACAUUUUGAUGCUUCUUUCGGUGGUUUGAGAAACGUUCAUAGUCGCUAUUGUUUUUUCAUACUAACAUAAAAUGGAAAAUACAAUUUUAAGUAAAGACAUUCCAUCAUAACAACUGACUUUAUUUAAAGUCAUAUUACUCAUAUCCAUGAAAUAUGCACCGUUUAAAGUUAUUAAAAGCGUAAUGCAAAUAAACCCAAAUAACGAAAGCAAAGAUUUUAUUCAACAAAACAAAAUCAUUUUAAAUGAACAGCUCGACUCUUUUAUAAUUUUUUUUUUAAUGCGGCGAAGAGUCACAACGUAACAUCUUAAGAUUUCAAAUGCAACAUAAGUAACAGAAGUUUGCAAUUACGCGGUAUAAUCAUGGCAGCCAGCUGCCAACGCAAUGUUGAUUUCGUCUACGCUGCCUAAAAUAAUCUGUCAUGAAAGAGUGCGAGAGAGUUUUUGCUUGAUGUGGUGUACAUAGUAUAGCUUUAGCGUUGAAACUGUCAAUCAGUCACUUUAUUUGUUUUGGUGAUCAAAAACUAAUCGUGGAGAUAUGUUUGAAACAAAUGGACGACAUGACCUACUUCUCGUCUGCCGAGCGGUGAAUGCUGCUCAAACAGGAAAGAUGGCUGACGGGUGAAUGCUGCUCAAACAGGAAAGAUGGCUGACGGUUGUUUUUAUGUGUUUGUGUUUUGUUUUUUUUUUCAAGAAAUAAUUCAUAAAACUGUGUAAACACAUCAAAACGUGUUUGCGUUCGUUUGGUGUUUGCUUUAACUAUUAGAACAUCUGUCUCAAACAAAUGAAAUGAAGGUUAAACAAUGUUACCUUUAUUCUAAUUUUAAACCUGUAAAUAGGUGCAAACUAAUGACAAAGUUAUAAAUAGCCUUGUUUAUUUCUCGUGAACGCUUUAUGCAACGUUUAUUUACGGUGUCCUUUAAUUUAUUUAUAGUAUUAAUAAAUCUGUAUAAAUCUAUAAGCAUCUUACAUCCUGCAAUGCCCCCAUGUUGCCAUAAAAAUUGCCCAUGUUAUAAUAAAUAACUUUUUAAAUCCC